CAGUUUUUCAGUUCGUCCCAAAAAUGGCACAUUGGGCAUUAAAGUCAACCUACAAGCUUUUUGUACAACAAUGUUUAUUUUUGUCAGAUGUCACAUUGUCGACUAAGAAGACAUAACAACACAACUUCGCUUUUACCCCCCGAUGACAGUGAAGACAGUUUGGUGGAUGACUCAGAUGAGGAUCCAGAUUACACCCCUGGCCGUGACAAAAAGAACAAGUUAGCCUUAUUUUUGAACAAUGCAGCGAGCUCCAGUGAUGUCACAGAUGAAGACGAAGAGAACAUCCCUUCAACGUCUACAGCCACAAAAAAGAAGAUUCCAAAAAAACCAGCACCUGCUUGGAAUGAAGUGAAUCCAGAUAACAGUGAGAAACCUUCUCCGCCAAUGCUAGAAUUAAGUAACGAACAUGUACUUCAGUCUCCAGUUGACUACUUCAAAGAUUUUUUUGACAAUGACCUUUUAACUUUGAUUGCUACUCAGUCAAACUUGUAUAGUGUCCAAAAAAAUCCGAAUAAACCCUUGAAUACCUCAGAGAAGGAAGUAGAGCAGUUUAUAGGCAUUUGCAUCUACAUGAGCAUUUAUGGUCUACCUAGGAGUAGGAUGUAUUGGAAUGGAAAUACACGAGUAGAAAAGGUUGCACAUGUUAUGUCACGUAACAGAUGGGAGGAACUGAAGGCCAACUUGCACUUCAAUAACAAUGAUCACAUGCCAUUACAGAAUGAUCCAAACAAAGAUAGGCUAUUUAAAAUCCGCCCACUAGUUGAUGCUCUUCAAAACAAAUUCAAAAACAUUCCUAUUGAGGAACAAAUGCUCUGUGUUGAUGAACAGAUUGUGCCCUUCAAAGGCACAUCUUUACUAAAAACAGUACAACCCGAUGAAACCCCACAAGUGGGGAUACAAACUGUUUGUACUUUGUGA